CUAUAGUUUUUGUACUUGUCCUGGCUUUGGCAUCAGCAAUGAGACUUCAGACUAGGCAGGAGCCGUCAUGUAGAAGUGGAGGAGAUGAUUUUGGAUAUAGAGAGAUGUGUGAAUAUUCUAAUGGUUUUAUCACUUUUUAUUCUUGGAACUUAGAUCCUUAUGGAGAAUCUUGGGAUAGAGCUUGUACUGUAGAAAAUGAGCAAGAAUGCUGCAUGUAUUGCUCCCAACCUUCAGGAAGCACUACCGCAGUUUGCGAUACUUCAGAAGGAUGCACAAGAAUCAAUGAGAGAACUGAUCUGACCACCAUGCCUACCGAUAUCUUCAUCGAUGCAUAGAGUCACUUAAUGAUUAAAUUCUUGGAUAAGAUUUUU